AUGGAUUUGAAAGAAUCGCUGCACUUGAUGAUGCAAGAAAACGUCGCAAACGCGACGUGCCAAGCGGCAACCGCACAGGAGCGUGGGUCUGUCAGCUUCGUUCACGGGAUGUCUGCCAAGAAUUGGACUGUGGGUCUUCAAGUGUCACAUGAAGACCCAUCUAUGACGCAAUCCGUCGUACCAACAAAGCAGUCUAUAUGUUUGAAGUUACAACAACUUUGGAGGUUUGCUCUUCAGUGGAGUGUUCCUAGGAGGUUGACGGUGUUCGAAAAUCACGAGGAAAAAUGUUUGGCGUUUUUCAAAAAAAUAGUUCUAAAUUUUGAUGGGCAAGCGGUUGGCGGCGCGGUAAUGAAGGUCAUCUGA